AAAACGACAUCACGACGACCAUCAGCGAGAAGCAGAGAUCCUUCACUUUUCCCCAUCGCAGUCCAUCAUGGCGGCUUUCGUAGGAAGAAUUUGUGGAUCCGGCCUGUUAAAUACGAAAAAUGGGAUUACCUUGCAAAAGGUACAACAAUUCUCAACAAGCCGACCCUGGACGAGAAGUCAGAAGCUAGCGACCGUUGCCGGAAUUGCAGUAGGUGGAGCCGGUGCCCUGCUCUACGCCUUGGAACAGUCGGUGUCCGCUUCGGGAACCGAGGUGCACCCUCCAGAGCUGCCAUGGAACCAUAAGGGUGCGUUCGAAUCCCUGGACCAUGCUUCGAUACGACGUGGCUACGAGGUGUACAAGCAAGUUUGUGCCGCUUGCCACUCGAUGCGUUUCAUUGCCUAUCGUAACCUGAUUGGCGUUUCGCAUACCGAAGCCGAAGCCAAGGCUGAAGCUGCCGAUGUUCAAGUUCGCGACGGUCCCGAUGAUACCGGCGCUUACUUCAUGCGGCCGGGCAAACUGUCCGAUUACUUCCCUAGCCCAUACCCGAAUGAGGAAGCGGCCCGUGCUGCCAACAACGGUUCUUACCCACCCGAUCUGAGUUACAUCGCGUUGGCUCGUCACGGUGGAGAGGACUAUUUGUUCGCGCUGUUGACUGGCUACUGCGACGCUCCAGCCGGCGUUGUUCUGCGUGAUGGCCAGUAUUACAAUCCCUACUUCCCGGGAGGUGCCAUCUCGAUGGCCCAGGCUCUGUACAAUGAGUCCGCGGAAUACACCGACGGAACACCGGCCUCUGCCAGUCAGCUGGCCAAGGAUGUGUCCACUUUCUUGGUAUGGUCCGCCGAUCCGUGCCACGAUGAGCGCAAACGCAUGGGCAUCAAAUCGCUCGGCAUCAUUCUGGUUCUUGGUACGCUUGUGUACUACAUUAAACGACACAAGUGGGCUGCCCUCAAGACUAGGAAGAUUUCUUUCUAUCCUAAACAAAAGUAAAUAACCGUAAGUACAGGUACGGGCGAUUCGAGGGGUGCUGAAGUGACGUAUAGCAAACAAGCAGGCAAGAACAACAAUCGUUGGAAGAAUGCAAUAGCUGAAACAGCUGCAACAACAUCUAUUGAACUUUCAUUCAAUGAUAGAGGAAACCAAAAACAAAUUAUGCUGCUAAUAUGAUUAUUGUACAAUUUUAUCGAGAGUUAAUCACUACCAUCAAUUGAUACUGCUGGAAAUUAAAUUUUCAAACCAGAAACGCAUGCAGACAGACGGGACAUGCGAGGGAGGGAGAAACAACGACCGGAAAUAUGUAGCCCGAUAAGGAAACCAGGAACGCAAAUAAAGCGAAGUGUUGUUAGUAUAAAUUCAA